AUGAAGAACUUUUAAAAUAAAAAUGAACGCAUGCUGUUAAAUUAGAAAUUACUAGUAAAUAAAGCCAGUCUUAUUUUGAAUACUAAGGAUCAUAGUAAUAUUUUUAGCACCUAGGCCUCAUAUUUGAGUGAGAUCAUUCCUAGUAGCGAUACACCUCAAUUUUCAAGAGAAACAAAAGACAUAAUUAAGUAAAUUCUGAAGAAAAAUGUAAACAAACCAUCAACCAAAGCUUUACUUGACAAAAUAGUUACAUCUCAGAGCGUUAUUAAAACACAGAAGGAUAUAGUCUAGAGCAAUAAAGUAAGGAAAAAGAGUAAGACUCACUAGAAUUCAAGCAAAGAUUUAUUAAGUGUCUAGGAUGAUGAGAACUUCUCAGUUUAAGACGAGAAUAAGCAGCAAAAUUAUUAUAAUCCUUCUCUUAUCAACUUAGAUCCUCUCAAAAGGGCUUCUGAGGCUAACACUCGUCUAGUAAUCCAAUCUUAAAAUUAAAAUCAGACUUUUGUUUCUUCCUAUAAUUAAAAUCUGUCCUCACUCGGUCAAUUUACAUACGAGCCUCAAAUUAUUAGUAAAAACAGCAUGAAUAAUAAUUACUCUCAAUAAAACAGCAUCCACAGUAAUCUUGUCAGUCAAUCAAAUAAAAUAGAACAAAUGCUCAGUUCCAAGUAAAACAGUUCUGUUAUUUAAUAAUUUUCAUAUAAACCAAAUAAAAAGACUUCUUACGAGAUAUUUAAAUCUCAAGCGAAUCCAGACACAUUUAUUAAAAAUUAUGGAUAAGGUGCUUAAUCUGAAUAAACUUUACCUUCUCUGAUAUCGUAAAAAAAAGAUUUAAACAACCGAAAUUAACAGAAAAACACAAUCAAACUAGAAGAAAAUUUGUAACAGCAACAAUAAUAAUUUUCAACAUACUCUCAAAAAAACUAUCAGCAAUUUAAUAUAUGCAACUCUUAAAACAGGAUCAAAAUUAGGCAGAAGUAACUAUCUUAAUUUAGUAUUGUUGAUGAUAAAACAAACAACAGAAAUGAAUAGUCAUAGUUCAUGAUAAAAGGUCAUGGAUAAAAAUAUAACUUGAUAUCGAGAUCAAGACCAGAUUCUGUCAAUUAUGAAAAGGAAGUGAGUGAUAGAAAACAGCCCUCUAGUAUUAAGACCAAAGUGGUAAACUUACUUUAAGGAGAAAAGGUUUAAGCAAUAAUUGAGUCAUAAUAGACACCAAUUAUGAGCAAAAAUAAUAAAAUGAGCAAAAUAUAGUAAAUAUAGAAUGAUUAUACACCAAUUGGCCCUCAAAAAGAUAAUAAUCUUUCGGCUUAUGGUAUCAAUUAAUUAAAAACACGUCCAGGUACUGAUGCAAAAAAAAGAAGAAAUAUCAAUGGGAAUAAGCAUAUCAUUAUUCGAGAUACUUCAAGCAAAGAAUAAAAUAUUCAUGCUAUAAGUUAAACUACAAAUGCUAAAAAUAAUAUAUAGUAAUCUGCAAGUCAAGAAUCUGAUGGUGAGAAAAAAGGAUCUAUAUAUAUGUUUACAUUUAACAAUGGGGAUAAUCCUGUUGCAAACCUAGCAAAAAAGAGUUUUCAGGCUAUUGAUGAUUUAAAUCCUUAAUUUAUUGAUUAGUUGAGACCUAAAAACCAAAGAGAGGAUAGAAAUAUGAAGCAAGAAGUAAGAUAAUCAGGAAGUUUCCUAGGAUAAUCAAAUCACUCACGAUAACCAUCAUUUGAGCAAGAUACUUUCGCACUUUCUAAUUCUUAAAACCAUGAAGUAUAAGAAAGCAGAGAGUUUAACGGCAAACUAUUCUCUCCAAAUUUCUCUAAUAAUAAGCCUAAAGUUGAGUAAACUGAAGGUGGGCCAAGUGACUUUUGGACUAUAAAAGAUUACUUUGACUAAGAUAUGGGCAAAAUUGUAAAAUUCAAUAGAAUGUAGCUUCAAAAUAACUCUCUAGUAUUCAACCAAAUACAAUAGGCAGAAACUUAGGUGCAAAAUAGUUAAAGUCAAAAUGAAAUGAUAAACAAUGAUUUUUAAUAAAGUAACUUUUUAGGUUACACGCCAUUGAUAACAAAAAGACCGUUCUCAAUGUGCAAUUAAUAGAGAAAGACAAAAUCAAGUUAGAAGCCAAGGCCAAUAUCAUGUGCUAUAUCAAAGAAUUCAUUUUUACCAGCGUGCUUUUUGGAAGACCCUUCAAACUUCAGUAGUGAAAAAAAUACAAAGAGAUAAUCGUCAGCAUAACUCUAAUUAAGGCCACCAUCUAUCCCAAAACCUUCUCAGAUUUUAGAAAGAAACGAAAAUUUAGCUUAGGGGAGUAUUUCAAGAAAUAAACCCUUGCAACAUCAAGUUAAAUCUGCUAUUAUAUCUUAGCAUGGAUCUAUUAAUGAUGAAGGAUUUGAGCAAAUUUAUCCCAUAAAGAAUGGAGAAAAAUUUAAUAUGAUGAGUUCGUUUGAAGGUAAUAUUAACUACGGAGGAAUACCUCCGAUUCCUAAAAUACCGUAAAGAAGAAUACAAUCCUCUAAUCAAUAAUACAGAAAACCUGUGGUGAGUAAAAAAUUCAUGCAGAAGAUGGUUUCUAAUUAAAAUGUAAGUAUUAAUGAAGAUAAUGGUACGUUUUAGAAUAAUAAUGAAAGCUAGAUGAUUAUCCAGAACUUUGACAAGUAGAAUGAUCCUGUAGCCAAGGAGACCAUCAAUAAUUAUGGGAAUUUGCAAAAUAACAUUAAUUAAGACCUGUAUUGGAAUUACUCUUAAGUUAAAGAUCUCAGAAUAAUUUAGUGA